ACCCCUUAACUCAUCUCACCAACAAUGUCUUCCUCUUCUUCAUCGAUGAAUCAAUCCAACGAGAAUCCAAUUCCUCGCCCGAACCGAACCAAGACUCGAGCCCCCCCACUCCGACGUAAUCCUCUCGGAGAAAUCACAAACCAGAAGACCGGAUCUGGAAUCUCCGCUCCGUCUUCGAUUCUCGUGCAUUGUUCCAAUAAGACCAGCCAAUCAAAGAAACCUCUUCAUCAGCCAAAAACUCGAGCAGCCCCACUCGGCGACGUCGUAAACCGCCGUAAUCCUCUCGGAGAUAUCAGAAACCAGAAGACCGGAUCUAGAAUCUCCGCUCCCUCGUCUACUCUCGUGAAUUGUUCCAAAAAGAAAGAAACAAAACCUCCCAAGCCAAUCGCGAAAUCAAAUCCUAACGAAGGCAUCGAAUUGCGUAAUGCUUCUUCACAAGGAUCAACAUCCGAAGAGUCAGAUUUGGGGGAAGAUGAGGUUGAAGAUAUUGAUAGUAACCUUGUGGAUCCACAGCUUUGUGGUGUCUUUGCUUCCGAUAUCUACGAGCAUUUGCGUUUAUCUGAGCUAAAGAAAAGGCCUGCUUUUGACUACAUGGAGAGAGUUCAGUCUAACAUCAAUCCUACUAUGCGUACUAUCCUCAUUGAUUGGCUCGUCGAGGUUGCUGAAGAGUAUAGGCUUUUGCCUGAGACGUUGUAUAUGGCAGUGAACUGUAUAGACCGGUAUCUUUCAGGGAAUGUAAUUAGCAGGCAAAAACUGCAGUUACUUGGUGUUACGUGCAUGAUGAUUGCAGCAAAAUACCAAGAAGUGUGUGUGCCCUUUGUGGAGAGUUUCUGUUACAUCACUGAUAACACAUACACAAGAAACGAGCUUCUGGAGAUGGAGUCUUCUGUUCUGGAUUUCUUGAAGUUCGAGUUAUCAACUCCAACCGCGAAAUGUUUCCUAAGGCGCUUUAUUCGUGCUGCUCAAGGCAAAACAGAGGUCCCAUCAAUCCUGUUUGAGUCACUAGCAUGCUAUCUCAGCGAAUUAUCUCUGUUAGAUUACGCUAUGCUUCGCUACGCUCCAUCACUUGUCGCAGCCUCUGCUGUUUUCUUGGCACAAUACAUAUUACACCCUUCAAGUAAACCAUGGAGCUCUACGUUAGAGCAUUACACGUCGUACAGGGCUAAACAUUUGGAAGCAUGUGUUAAGAAUCUUCUUCAGUUAUGUCAUGAGAGUCCCUUAUCCGAUGUUGUUGCAGUCAGAGAGAAGUACAGUCAACACAAAUACAAGUUUGCAGCAAAGAAGUUUUGCCCCACCUCAUUGCCACAAGAGCUCUUCCUCUGAUUUGGGUUUCUUGGUGCUUCCUUUUUGUUUUUCCUCGUCUUGUUGUUGAUAGAAACUCAUUGGUUGGUCAGACCAAUGUUUUCUUACUGAAAGCUUGCUCAAUGCUUUGACGUGUCAUUUACAGAAACACGAGACGGACCUUAAGAUUAAGGCACGUGGCUUUUGAUUGUGGUUAAGUGUCGUUGGAUUUGUGAUCAGUGUCCAUUUGAAUUUUAACUGAUUUGCCAUUUAGACACAAACCCAUUUCUCAGGAACCAGUUUAUGCUUUCUUAAGAUUUUUAAAAAGUUAGAUGAUUAGUAUCGAUUUGAAGUCUUGGAAGCAGAAAAAAAUGAUUCAAAUAAGCUCAGACGAAGUAAACCAG